AACAGUUCGAACCUGCUGACGUACAGCGGACACGUUCCAUUUGAAACUGGCCACAAGAUAAACAUCCAAUUGUAAACGCUCUGCCAUGGAGGAGGAGGAGGAGGCUUCUCGUGUAUGACAGCACAGCAACAGUCCCCCUUUUGUCUUCCAACUCGUUAGCCUCCUUUUUGUUUUCUAAAAUCUCUUCACGCGUUGUCGUUAACAUGGCCGUAAACAAAACGUACGUGAGCGUCGGCUAUGCUUCGUUCGGCGUGCUCAUCGGGACGUCUGCUUUUUUAGUGUGGAACGUCGUGUACCGACAGCCGUGGACAGCAGCCAUGGGAGGACUGUCAGGUGUGCUGGCACUGUGGACCCUGCUGACCCACAUCAUGUACCUGCAGGACCACUGGAGGACUUGGCUCAAGGGGCUCAAGUUGUUCUUUUUCGUCGGCGUAUUCUUCUCUCUGCUCGCGGUUGUUGCUUUCAUCACCUUCCUGUCGAUUGCCGUCCACAAUGAGGAGUCCUUGACUGACCCCCAUAGUCUCUACCUAUCUUGUGUUUGGAGCUUCAUGAGCCUCAAGUGGUCCUUCUUGCUCGCUCUGUCGUCCCACCGCUACCGCAACGAAUUCGCCGACAUCGGUAUCCUCAACGACUUCUGAAGGCCGACAGUAACGUCACGCGGGAACUGAAGGGACCCGCUUCCAUCUCCUUUUGCCGGAGGGGACAAUGUGAUGGAUGACUUUUUUCGGGGUAGUAACUCAGCGUUUGGAUGAACUUUCACCCCCGUUACCUCUCUUCCCUUUUGUGGCCAGUAAGCACAUGUUGACACACACACACACACACACACA